CAGGACUGAACCAAAAUGACAACUGCUCAAUUUGAUUGUCAAUACUGCACAGCAUCACUUCUUGGGAAGAAGUAUGUACUAAAGAAUGACAAUCCAUAUUGUGUUUCAUGUUACGAUCGUAUCUUUUCUAACUAUUGUGAAGAGUGCAAAGAACCAAUCGAAUCAGAUUCCAAGGAUCUUCGUUACAAAGGCCGACACUGGCAUGAAGCAUGCUUCAAUUGCGCCAAAUGCAAUCACUCUUUGGUGGAAAAGCCUUUUGCUGCCAAGGAUGAACGCCUGCUGUGCUCGGAGUGCUAUUCUAACGAGUGCUCCUCCAAGUGCUUCCACUGCAAGAAGACCAUCAUGCCUGGUUCCCGCAAAAUGGAAUUUAAGGGAAACUACUGGCAUGAAACCUGUUUUGUGUGUGACCAUUGCCGACAGCCAAUAGGAACUAAGCCUUUGAUUUCCAAAGAGAGUGGCAAUUACUGUGUGCCAUGUUUUGAGAAGGAGUUUGCUCACUACUGCAGCUUUUGUAAGAAGGUGAUAACUUCAGGUGGGAUAACGUUUCGUGACCAACCGUGGCAUAAAGCGUGUUUUCUGUGCAGUGGCUGUAGGAAAGAGCUCUGCGAAGAAGAGUUUAUGUCCAGAGAUGAUUAUCCAUUCUGUUUGGACUGCUACAACCAUCUUUAUGCCAAAAAGUGUGCAGCCUGCACCAAACCCAUUACUGGUCUCAGAGGUGCCAAGUUUAUCUGCUUUCAAGACCGCCAGUGGCACAGUGAAUGCUUUAACUGUGGGAAGUGCUCGGUCUCCUUGGUGGGGGAAGGCUUCCUGACCCAGAACAAGGAAAUCUUCUGCCGCAAGUGUGGCUCUGGAUUGGACACUGACAUCUAGAGGGAGGCAGGUUUCCUCACCUGAAAUUCACCUUGCUUGUGUUCUCACUAAAUCCAGAA